GCGUCGAAGACGUCAAAUGGGCUCACCAUUGCUCUGGAUGGUGUACAGAUGAUUCAGAUAUCGUUUGAACGCACCUCCUUGCCUCUUGGGCCACACACCAUGAUGGCGUAUUUUCCUCAUGGACGCAAAAUGCUAACAACGCAGGCUGUGAUAGGCAUGAUGACCGCUGUCAGAAGUUCGUCCUCGAGGAUCGAGGUGCCCAAAAUCUAUGGGUACAGGGACCUCCUACCCAAUGACAUUGGAGCUGAGGUAGUCCUCAUGGAAAAGAUACCUGGGGAGAAUCUUCAGGAUGUGUGGCCCACCCUUACGCCCGACGAGGAGCUCAAAGUCUGUAGCAAGCUGACCGACCUGCUGUUGAAGUUGUUCAACAACCGCGGAAGCUUGAUUUGCACCGACCUUCUUGGCACAGAAGUCAACACAUGCGUGUCCAGUGUACUCCUACAGGAAGGGCAGGAACGCCAACGACCUCUCGGAGUCGGGCCGUUGCUUUUAUCACGCCCGUUUAACGAGCGACCGCUGGAUACAAUGAGCCCACAAGGUGCACUAUCCACUAACGCUGACUACCUAACAGCACUGUACUGGCGCGUUAGACGCCUUACCAGUAGCAACGAGGAGAUCAUGGCUCAAGCCCGCGACACAGGAUUUGCGGACAAUCCGCUACUAACAAUAGAAGACAUGGAGCAAACCAGAGAAACCUUCAGACGGCUGGCCAGUUUGAUACAAUACCAUAUCGGAGGAUUCUAUAUCCCAGGAACGCUCUCUCGCGCAGCGAGGGAAGAGGCCUAUUCGAUUCUGCAACACAGGAAAUUUGGCAUCUGUCACGGUGACAUGCAGAUGUAUCGUUUCCUCGUCCGGUUCCUGCCCGAUAAAGACGGGAAUUUUCGCACUCCCGACUCAGACGUCGAGCUCGUGCUUUGCACGGGGUGGGAACACUCAUUCCGUGCGCCACUUUGGUCAUGCGCACGAAUGCCACUCUGGCUCAUCAGCCGGCCGAUCUUGAACGAGCCCAUUUCCUGGGGUCGCCAGGGACAAUUGCGUAGUGCCAUCUACAACAUGAUGAAUGAACCCAGUAGAAUCGAGAGUGCCCGGGAGUGGAUCAUUUCGCACGUAUACGGACGUACCGAGCGGUGGUUCGAGGGAUGCAUCAGCGCGCAUUGGAUGUACGGUCGGAAUAUUGAAGCGAAUUUGGUAGACCUCAAGAUGUAUUGGGAAUUUUGGCGUCCGGACAUCGAGUUUCCAUUCGAGGUGGGAGUGGAGUACACCCGGCCACCGCAGGCUCUAUCCCUUCAGUCGGCAGACGAACCCGUUACCGCACCUGUUACCGGGGAACUGGUUAUUCCCCUCCUUUCUGCAAGCCCUCUUGGAAUUUUGCUUGGAAUGGAUAGAUCUUGAAACGCCUGUGAUCUCGAAGCUGGCAUUCAUAUGUCUCCUGUUAAAUUGUAUCGUGUACGAAGGUCAAUGGUUUGUAUUAUGUCGGAUAUCUCCUCACAGCAUAUUUUGCCCACUCCAGUAAAGAUGAUUUUGCACGCAGGCGAGCAAGUACUGGUGCCUUGGUUAGAGAUAGUUGAAGAGAUAGACAAGAUCAAUACAUUAAAAGUUCGAGGCCCUGUACUGUGUACUAGUACUAGUAGUAGUGACAGUAGAGGCACGAGGCGCGACACAUGCAGACCCCAGGAACUCUGUACAAGUAAUUUCCACGUAAC